GUUUUUUUAAAGAGAAGUGACUAAAUAAACAUUGACUUGGGGAGAAGAUUAGUUAAUCACAAGUCAACACUCACACACCUAGAAAAGUUAUUUAACAUAAGUAGACGGGGUCAGUUUUGUCUGGUGUUGCAUGUUUGCAGCUCAUGGUCUUGGAUUCUGGACGGACCGGUCUGCUGUGCAUGAGGCCGCUGCGCAGGGCAGGGUGCUGCAGCUGCAGCAGCUGAUCGAGGGCGGUGCAGCAGUUAACAUCGUGGCUGUGGACUCUAUCACGCCGCUGCAUGAGGCGUGCAUACAGGGCCAGACCCAAUGUGUCCGACUGCUGCUGGGCGCUGGUGCACAGGUGGAUGCCCGCAACAUCGAUGGUAGCACUCCACUGUGUGAUGCCUGUGCAGCUGGAAGCCUUGCAUGUGUCAAGCUGUUGUUGGAGUAUGGAGCCACAGUUAACCCUCCGCUGUUUACCUUCUCACCUCUUCACGAGGCGUGCAUGGGAGGUAAUUCAGAUUGUGUUCAGCUCAUGAUUGAUCGAGGAGCUUUCAUGGAGGCCCACGACUGCCACUACGGGACACCGCUUCAUGUAGCCUGUGCCAGGCAACACUACAACUGCGCCAAAGUUCUCCUCAGUGCAGGGGCAAAUGUUAAUGCUGCCAAGCUACAUGAGACUGCCCUUCAUCAUGCAGCCAAAACAAAGAACGUUGACUUAGUUGAGCUACUUGUGGAAUUUGGGGGCAACGUGUAUGCCAGGGAUAACCUGAACAAAAAACCCAUCCACUACACCAGUCUGGGAUCUCCCUGUUACCUCUGCCUUGAGUUCUAUGAGAAUACUCCCCUGAGUCUACAGCAGAUCAGCAGAGUGACAGUGAGGAGGACUCUCGGCACAAGAGCACGUGAGGUGGUUUCUCAGCUGGGCCUCCCCAAUCGCAUCAUAAGUUUUCUUUCUUACACAGCACCUCCAAUUGUUGAACUUUUAUCACUUGGAGAAACUUGAGCUGCAGCUCUGAGGAGGUUAAAUCCAGACCUGUUAGGUCUGCUCUGGAUCUCUCUCCAAAGAAAGUCAUAUGACAGGAGAUUUCAUUAGAUGACAUACUCAGACUGUUGACCCAUAACUAAUGUUACAUCAGCAGAUUUGUAACCAUGAUACAUCAUCAGCUCAUCAAGAUGCAGUAUUAUGACAAAUCUGUACGCAAACCACUGCCACAGACUCGGAGCUUCAUAUGCGGUUUAUUUUGUCUCAAAAUUCACGCAAGAAAAAUUGAACGCCCCCCAUGGCGGUAGAAUCAUCAAUAGUUUGAGAAAAAAGAGGUACAAUGAGCCAGCCACUUCUAUAACGCCCUUAACGCAAGUAAAUAGUGCAUAGACAAGAUGUAGAAUUUUUGUGUCAACAGCAGUGGUAUAUAUGAACCAUGAAUUUUACAGGUGCUACAGAAAAAUGAAAGGGGGAAGAUCAGCGAUAGGGUGGGGGACUCAAGUCUUCAAAGGGACUAAUCCAGGGAGGGGA